UCUUCUUCUAUAAAUAAAAGAAUCUCUAGUUCUCUCUUUCUCCAUCUCUACUUCUCUCUUUCUCUUUCCGUGGAUCGAUGGCAGCAGCUUCGGUUGAUCCUUUGGUGGUUGGAAGAGUGAUUGGAGAUGUGUUGGACAUGUACAUCCCCACUGCCAACAUGUCAGUCUACGUUGGCCCCAAACACAUCACUAACGGCUGCGAGAUCAAACCCUCCGUCGCAGUCAACCCUCCCAAAGUCAACAUCUCCGGCAACUCUGAUGAGCUUUACACCCUCGUGAUGACUGACCCGGACGCACCUAGCCCGAGCGAGCCGAACAUGCGAGAAUGGGUCCAUUGGAUUGUCGUGGAUAUCCCCGGAGGCACCAAUCCAUCAAAAGGAAAGGAGAUACUGCCAUAUAUGGAACCGAAACCACCGGUGGGGAUUCACCGUUACAUAUUUGUACUUUUCCGGCAGAUCUCACCAGUGGGUCUGAUGGUGCAGCAGCCGCCGUCACGAGCCAAUUUCAGCACCCGAAUGUUCGCUGGUCAUCUCGAUCUUGGUUUACCUGUGGCAACUGUUUACUUCAAUGCCCAGAAAGAGCCAGCUUCACGCAGACGUUAAUUCCAAUAAAUAGACUAAAGAAUAACGACGAGAGCCUUUUCAGGGUUCUUACCCAAAAACCGGACUGGAAAGAAAUGUGGUUUUUAUAUGUCAAACCAUAUUUUAUAUUAUUCCGGUUCUCGCUACAUAUCUAUAUAUGUCUAUAAUUAUACAAAUAUGUUUGUGUUUUUGUGUUACA